AUGAGUCAAAUGGCAAACGUUCGGCGUGAUAGAGAAAUUAGCCGUCUUCAAGGAUCGCAAGCUCAAAAUUGGACAAAUUGGGUAAAAGCCAUGGUCCCUCCAAAUAUUGAAGGAAAUAAUCUUGAACGACGUGGACAAGGUCAAGUUGGUUCCAUAUGCACAAACAUAAGAUCUGCUUUCCCUGACAAGGCCAGAAACUGUGGAAUUUAUGAGUGGCGAGCUAAAGGAACGUUAGACGAUCAACCCAAUUAUAUUGUUUAUGUUGGAAGCACGUGCAGGGAUAAACCAGGAGCAAUAAGGCGAAGAAUUAACGAAUACUGCACGAAUGGAUCGCAUAAAGCAAAACUCAUGAAUGAAGCUUUGACAAAGAGAUAUGAGUUAUGGGUUCGUGUUAAGACCUCGGAAGGAAGGAAUAAUGCUGAAGACAUGGAGAACAAGCUGUUAGAGAAGUAUGACUACGCCUGGAACUUUAGAGAAAACGAAGAGAUCCGACAUAUACUGCCUUGA